GUCUAUUUCCUCUCUUUCUCGCUCGCGUCUCUUUCUCUUCCAAAAACCCUAACUCUCAGGUAACUCGUUGUAGCGAGUCAAUCAUGUUUGCACCCUUCCGACCCAUCUUUAAACGAUUCUCAUUGAUUUUAACUGUUUUUGGUGCAAGAUUUGCCAUGAAAAGGUGCUAGAUCGAAGGCUGAUUCAAAGGAAACUGACAGCAAGUGAGUUUUAUUCCUUGCUUUGCUUUGUUGUAACUUUUGAGUCAAUAUUUUUUUAUAUCAUAGCGAUUGCUUCGCAGAUUUCAAUGUUAGCCUCUUCUGUUUGCCGAUUUCUUUUUUCUUUUUUUUUGGAAUUUUUUUUCGUUAGGUUGAAGAGCAACAAUGCAGCGGCUGGAAAACAAACUAAGAAGGCUACAAAGGAUCCAAACGAGCCGAAGAGGCCUGCCGGUGCUUUCUUCGUCUUCAUGAGACUAGUCAUCAACAAUUUGUUUUUGGGCACUCUGUUUUACAUGAUGAAAACAGAGUAAAACAAAGAAGACUUAAGGAAACAGCAUACGAAGAGCGGAUGAUGAACAUGGCGAGAUUAUACACGAACGACCGGUUUGAGAAUAUCAGAGAUUGGGAUUUCAAUUCCGGCAUCAGAUUUCCUCGAAAUCGUCCAUUUACUUUCCGCGGAAGUUGAUCUUCCGGCCAGCUGCGUAAAUGUAACAUGUGUUCAGAAGCCAAGCCAGAUUCACCAAAACUCAUACCAUAGAGACUCCUUCUGCACUCAAAGAAUCUAGUCAUCCCCUUCAUCUGGGUGGUGUGGAAGUUUCGAGAACAGACGGUGAUGAUAAGGAAGAUUAGGAGGAAGAGUUUUGCUGCCGAUAGGAAUUGAAAUUGUUCUAAUUGUUUCAACUCUAUUUUAAUUGUUCUUUGUUUGAGAGUUGGUUGAUUGGAGUUCUACUUUGUG